AAGUACAAAAAAUAUCUUAAAAACUAGAAAGUGAAAACUCAGCUGAACAGAGCUCAGCCAUGGCCAUGGCCUCCUCAACACUCCUAUACUUACCUCCAAAACCUCCAUCGACAUCUCUCUCCUCUUUCCUUCCCAUCCCAAACCCUAACCCAAGAUUUCUCAACCCAAACCUCCAUGGCAACUCAAGAUUACUUCUCCCCAAAACACCCUUCUCCUCUUCCAGAAACGGAAGCGAAACCAACUGCCCUGUUCCAUCAGACCAGCAGCCCAUAAACGAGUACCAAACCCUAUCCACCUCCUUCCCCUUCUCGUGGGCCUCCGGCGACUUCGUCGAGUACUGCUCUCGCUUGGUUGUCACCGGAGCCUCUUUCGCUCUCCUUGUUGGCCUCCCUGUCGCCUGGUUCGGCGCCGCCGGACCCAACUCCGAGCCGGUGAAGCGGUUGCUCUGCGUUGUCUCGAGUGGGCUUAUUGUGGUUACGCUUGCCGUUGUACGGAUGUACCUUGGCUGGGCUUAUGUGGGCAAUCGAUUGCUUAGUGCCACUGUCGAAUAUGAAGAGACAGGGUGGUAUGAUGGUCAGAUGUGGGUUAAGACUGCUGAAGUUUUGGCACGCGAUCGGCUCCUUGGUUCAUUCUCUGUGAAGCCUGUGCUGAGCAGAUUAAAGUACACACUAGUUGGUUUGGGGCUCUCAUUGUUGAUAUGCAUUGUUUUUCUGGUCAACAUUGAUGAGACUCAAAAUGACUCUUAUAGAUCUUAUGAAGAUGAGAUGAGAGUCAUACAUGGAGUCUACAAUGAUGAUUCAGCCAGGUCUUUUGAGCCAGAUGCUUUCUGUGGUGAACCUGGGAAGUCGGUGCUCCCGAACAAGUGCCAGUAGGAUUUAUUCACCGAGACAUGGGUUCGGGUCAGAAGUUUGGCGCUGGACUCGUUCGGAUGCACCGAGUCACGCAUUAGUGUGAUCAUCACCCUUUCGGCGCUCUUUUGGGUGCACUGGCUUCCAUGCAAAUCAUUACGGGUGACCAAGGCACUCAUUAGGGUGAUUACACAAGAGUUGGACUCAUUUCGAUUCACCGAGUCACGUGUUUGAGCCAAGAAUCAGGCGCUGGACUCGCUCGGAUGCUAAUCUCUCAUAAAUUGAGAACUAAUUUGGUAACCGUUUAGUAAUUAUGUUACUA